AGAAACUAACCUCAAGGCCGAAGCUAUUUAUGGUGGAGCAUGACGCGGGAAAGUACACGCGGGAAAAUAAGAUGUUGGGAAACACAGUGGAAACAACCACAAGGAAGACAACAGUUGUGUUUUUGUGUUACCCAGAUGCCGGGACCCAGGUAUAAAGACCACCAGAGAAGCAGCUUCCAGACAUCACCAUCCUCCUCCCCAGUACCAGCCCAGCCACACGCCACCAUGUGCCACACCAGCUGCUCCCCAGCCUGCCAGCCAACCUGCUGCAUAUGCAGCCCCUGCCAGGCAUCCUGCUAUGUGCCCGUGAGCUGCCAGUCCUCCGUGUGCAUGCCCGUGAGCUGCACGCGCAUUGUGUGUGUGGCUCCCUCCUGCCAGCCCUCCGUGUGCGUGCCCGUGAGCUGCAGGCCCAUCAUAUAUGUGACUCCCUCUUGCCAGUCUUCGGGGUGCUGCCAGCCCCCCUGCACCACUGUCCUCUGCAGACCCAUCUCCUGCAGCACCCCUUCCUGCUGCUGACCAGCUGCUCCUGGUACACAGGGGUACACACCUGUAUCCCUCCGUGAAUAAGCAUCUAGUGGACCCCCAGACUGCACACAUAGGGCAGAUGGAAAGCAUGCUCAAGGAAACCUCUGAACUCUGGGGUGAGAACGUGGAAAAAUGAUUCAGACCUUCCGUGACCCUGGGAACCCCCUCAAGGAAGUCCUGGCUGCCAGAGUCCUUCUCUCACUCCAGCAGGAAACUAAAACCCAUGUGAGCCAAAUAAAUCGGCUGCCCCUAUA